UUAGUCAAUCUGGCAACUCAGUCCCGGCUUCUGACGCUUCCCCAGCCAAAAGCAGAGAAAAAGAAAAAAAGGCUCUUUACGUGUGAAACUUUUACGAAUUUCGUGCGCUCGCUGAAUCCUUCGACAUCCAAUCUUGUAUUGAAAUUAUUGUCAAUUUAAAUAGCUGAACAACUUUGCAAGGGACUUUUGCGCUGUGUGAUUUUUUUUUAUACAACUUACUAGACAGAAAAUGGCCGCACCGCCGACUAAAAUUUUCGUUGGACGUUUGCCUCUCGAUGCGAAGCAAGAAGACCUACGCGCCUUGUUUGAGAAGUAUGGCGUCAUUACAGAAUGUGACGUCCUUAACCGUUUUGGCUUUGUGCACAUGAAAUCCGAAGAAAUGGCUAAACGAGCUAUCGCUGCGUUGCAUAACUCUGAAUUUAUGGGCUCUCGCAUCACUGUUGAGCCCUCAACUGGAAAGAAAGGAGCUGGAGGAGGAGGUGGUGGUGGUGGAGGAGGAGGCAGAGGUGGACGGUCACCAGGUGGUGGUCGUGGAGGUGGCCCUGUUGGACGCAAUGGAGGUUUUGGUGGUGGCAGGCCUUCACCUUAUGACCGUCCAAGAGGUCUAGGAGAUCGAUAUGGCCCUCCAGGUGGUCUACCUCCUUCAAAUGGUGGAGGUUACUAUGAGGACUUUGACAUGUACGGUCGACGUGGACCAGCUCCUGUUUCCCGCGAUCCUUACGGCCCACCGUCAUACGAGCGACGUGGUUACGAGCCAGCUUAUGGAGACCGUUACGGUGGCGGUGAUCGGGAUCGUCGCCCAAUGCCUCCAAUGGGCGGUUCACCAUACGACAGGCGCCCACCACCCUCAGCCGAUUACCCGCCAUCACGUGCCGGACCUGAAUACCGCAGAAGGACUCCACCUCCAGGCCCAAUGGGUGACACCUAUGGUCGAUUUGAUCGUGACGUGUACGAAGCGGUGCCAUCUGACCCAUACGGCUCUAGACGCUAUCCGGGCGCCGCCCCACUCGGAGAUCGAGACCUGCCUCCCCGCCGUUAUUAAGACACACACACAAAAAGAAAAGCGAAAACUAAAAGAAUCGGAAGUAUGUGCGCGCAGCGUCGUCCUUGUGGGAAGUAAUUAUAAAAGACAACCAAAUUAAAAAGGAAAAAAAAAAUUAUCAAGUUUCAAAACAAUAAUUCACCGAUUCGUGUUCUCAUAUCGUCGUCGCCCUUCUCGUGCGUUCUGAAUAUUAAUUUGAUGACAAUAAAGAAAAUGUGUGACGCAACUGGAAAAAAAAAAAUUGAAAGGCGAUGAGACUUUUUCACCUCAACACAUCCGGUCUCUCUCCCUCUCUCUUAAAAAAACAAAACAAAAUGUCCACCUCUUCCUUGGCUUUUGCAGCGCGGCCGUUUGAAAGGCGAUGGAGAAGUGAGCGUCGCGUGCCCGAGAGUCUAAAGCGAAAAGAAGUUUCACACACGGAGAGAGAAAGGACUCAAAAUUGUUUAUUUCUCCUUUUUUUUUUCUUCUUACAACUGUCUCUCAAUCAUCGAUCGAAGUAGUUGUUUAGUACUUGUCACUUGUUUGUAUCCUCAUUUCCGUUCAACGUUAUUAUCAUCGUCCCCCUCUCCUACACACCCCACAGUCGUUCUUCCGGAUGGAUCAGAAUUUUCCGUCAUUUGGUCAUUUCAAAUUUACGCGGUUAGUUUGAAAUUUAAACUUCUCAAAAUAAUUUUUGGAAAGAAAAUUACUGAAUCCUAUCCCACCCACCCAAGACAUUCUUGCCCCCCGAUGACGUCAUCUGCAUUAUAUAUCGUUUUUUUUUUGUCUCCAUCGCACCUUUAUUCGUUUUUUUUUUUGCAACUUCUUACAUGAUUUUAAACAAAUUUGAGAAUCGUUUUUCUCUUUGCAAUCUGCUCCAAACCACCUCCCGCCCUCAACCCCCCCGAUCAUACGGUGCGAUUUGAUUCGAAAUAUUUUGUAAGACCGUUGUUUCUUUUGGCUGAAAAGCGACACGUCAUGAAAAACAAGACAAAGAAUACACGACCAUUUUGUGGAUGCUCAACCCAAA